AUGUGGGCGAUUCUUCUAUUUCUGGUUGUGGACUUGGGCAGCGCCUGGGCGACGGAUUACUAUUUGCUGAUCGAGGACCCCGAUGUCUACUCGCCGUGUACUGACGGACCCCCUGCUUCGAUUAGCAUCAGCGAGGCCUACAACAUGGAUAACAUGGUGUUCGAUCAGGACGAAGAGGGCAUUCAUAUAUCGGGGAAUGCCACGGUCAAAUGGAGUCUUCCGCGCACCGAUCGCAUUUCCGCCCGCUUCAGUAUUAUGCAUUAUAACCGGGGCACCUGGGAGCCGACUGCAGUAAGCCAGGUCACUCGGGACUUUUGUGCCGUCUUCUACCACAAGGAUCAGUACUGGUACAAAUACUGGUUCAAAAACGCUGCAAACCUAGAGGAGAUAAAAAGGAACUGCCUCGCAACAAAAGAUACCGUGAUGGUGUUUAAUCCGUUCGUUAUGCAGCUGCGCUUGAAUAACAUCAACGGAGCUUCGUUCCGAGGUCGCUAUAAGGCGGUGUUCCACAUCGAAGCUUUUGACGAAAAGAACAAAAGGCGUCCCACAUCCCUGUGUUUUGAGUUCAGGGGAGAGAUCGAAAGGGUAAGAGACUAA